CUUUUCGCAUUUUCUAGAUCGAAGGAAACAGCGAAGCCACCCUGACGGCCGGUUCCGAUGCCGUCCAGUGGGCGGACGGCCUGCUGCUGGUGUACUCCAUUACGGAUCGCGAUUCGUUCAACUACAUCCGCAAAGCCAAGGAGGAGCUACCGUGCGACACGACCCCGGUGGCGCUGGUCGGCAACAAGGUGGACAUGGUCCACCUGCGGCAGGUCAGCACCGAUGAAGGCGAAAUCCUUGCCAAGGACUUCGAGUGCAAGUUUUGCGAAAUUUCCGCCGCCGAGCACGUGCUGCAGGUGGCCGACGCAUUCCACGACCUCUGCCGGGAGGUGAUAGCGGCCAAGCGCAAGUCGAAGCAGAGUUUCAUCGAGAAGAUCGACCGGAUGCUGAGCGGGUCACGGACCUACAACCGGGGCAAGAGUGAUAGCAUUUCGCCGAAGGACUAGAUGGGUGGACUGCGGCGGGCGAGAUCUUGGAAAGGACAGAAUGGAAACGUUAUGUUGUAUUAUUAGCUAAUUCAUUAGUUCAUAUAGGGCUGGACUCCUGUCAACGGUAUUAAUCGUUCAUAAUAUUUCUAGCUAAUUGUUGAUUCACGUUGCAGAUGGGGGAAUAGUUUCUAUUUACCAAUGCCAUAAGAGAGUUGAAUGUUUGCCAUUUAGAAUAAAUUUAUUUAAAUACAUACAAGUGUCUUGAUGAAUAAAAAAUAGUGAAUGAAGUGGCCGAUGUGUGGCCGGUCGGGGGCAAUAAAAUACUAAGUCAUUGCGAUAAAGCAUACAA